AUGAAAUUUGCAGUGUCGUAUGCUUUAGCGCCAAAAAUUCGCCAAUUUAUCGAAGAAAAUGCAAAAUUGUGUCAACCGGAUAACAUCCACGUGUGCGAUGGAUCGGAAGAGGAAAAUGCAACACUAAUCAAUCAAUUGCUAAAUAUUGGAAUGAUAAAAAAGUUACCGAAGUAUGAAAAUUGUUAUAUAGCGCGAACUGACCCUGCAGAUGUUGCCCGGGUUGAAAGUAAAACGUAUAUAUGUACCAACGAUAAACGAGAAACUGUACCUAUCUUAAAAGAAGGCGUUAGUCAACAACUUGGCAAUUGGAUGGGCAUAUCAAAUAUGGAAAAUGAAUUGGGUGAAAGAUUUCCCGGUUGUAUGAAAGGGCGAACAAUGUAUGUUAUUCCGUUUAGCAUGGGACCAGUUGGAUCACCCUUAUCGAAAAUUGGAAUACAAUUGACAGAUUCCGCCUAUGUUGUCGCGAGUAUGCGAAUCAUGACCAGAAUGGGCCAAAAUGUCUUAGAACAGUUAGGUCAAGACGAUUUCGUGAAAUGUUUACAUUCUGUUGGCCAGCCUUUGCCUCUGAAAGCUCCAAGCAAAUAUGUUUGGCCUUGUAAUCCUGCAGCGACGAUCGUAUCUCACUUCCCUGAUAGAAAUAUGAUUGCAUCAUUUGGAAGUGGAUAUGGAGGUAAUUCGCUGCUUGGUAAAAAGUGCUUUGCACUACGUAUUGCAUCGUCCAUAGCCAGAAGGGAAGGAUGGCUUGCCGAGCAUAUGCUGAUUUUGGGAAUAACUAAUCCAAAUGGAGUUAAAAAGUAUUUUGCAGCUGCUUUUCCUAGCGCUUGCGGCAAAACCAACUUGGCAAUGAUGUUACCUAGUCUACCUGGAUGGAAGGUUGAAUGCGUAGGAGACGAUAUUGCAUGGAUGAAAUUCGAUAGCGAAGGGAAACUACGUGCAAUAAAUCCAGAGGCUGGAUUUUUUGGUGUUGCACCUGGUACUUCCAUGGCAACAAACCCUAAUGCUAUGAAAACCAUCGAACGCAAUACGAUAUUCACAAACGUAGCAGAAACUAGCGAUGGUGGUUUCUAUUGGGAAGGCCUCGAAGAUCAGAUCUCUGAUGAGACAGAAUGCACUGAUUGGUUGGGAAAUAAGUGGAAUCGCACUAUGAAAACUAAUGCAGCUCACCCCAAUUCUCGUUUUUGUACACCUUCUCAGCAAUGUCCUAUCAUGGAUCCGGAAUGGGAGAGUACAGCAGGUGUACCUAUUGAUGCUAUUUUAUUUGGAGGUCGUCGUCCUAUUACUGUUCCUCUUGUCUAUGAAUCAUUCAGCUGGCAACAUGGCAUUUUUGUGGGAGCUUCUAUGAGGUCUGAAGCCACUGCUGCUGCUGAACAUAAAGGUAAAGAAGUUAUGCAUGACCCUUUUGCCAUGAGGCCGUUCUUAGGCUAUAAUUUUGGACGAUAUCUUGAACAUUGGCUGAGUAUGCAAGAUAAGCCGAAUGCAAAAAUGCCUAAAAUAUUUCACGUCAACUGGUUUAGAAAACAUAAUGAUAAAUUCCUUUGGCCUGGUUUUGGCGAAAAUGCACGUGUUUUGGAAUGGAUAUUUCGUCGCACUGAAGGCGAAGAUGUUGCAGAGGCUCGUCCUAUUGGUUACGUUCCCAAGGCAGAUUCUAUUAACACUGAUGGCCUUCAUGGGGUUGACAUGGGCGAACUAAUGAGUACUCCAAGAGAUGAAUGGUUACAAGAAACUGUUGAUGUUGAAAAAUAUUUUGAAGAGCAAGUAGCUGAUGAUCUACCUGUAUUUAUCAAGCAGGAAUUGGAUAAUUUACGUGUGAGACUGCAAUAG